AUGAAAGCUGUGGCUGAAAACCAGCUCAAUUUGCCACCACCAGCUUCUAUUCAAGGAAUUGUUUCUUUCACUAUAUAUUACUACAUUGUUGGUGACGAUGCCUUCCUAAUGAGCAAACAUCUCAUGAAGCUAUAUCCACACCGACAUUUAGAUAAAGAAAAACGCGUAUUCAACUAUCGUCUUUCACGUGCCAGGCGUGUUGUUGAAAAUGCGUUCGGUAUCUUUGCAUGCGAACAGAUGGAGAGUUUUUCUAACAACAAUAAAGCCGGAAAAGAUAACACAUCUAAUUCUGGCAGCGUGUUGUUUGCAUAAAUAUUUGGUUGAACGUAACAAAGGCUAUACUAUGUAUCCGUAGCUGAUGUAGAAAAUAGUGAUCAUACGCUUACAGAUAGAUCAUGGUGUGGAUCACUGCAAUAGAUCCAUACAGCACAGAUCGUAGCCAUUCAAGAAAUGCUAAAACGCAACGUGAACUACUGACAACUUUUUUCAGUAACCAUGGGAUGGUUCCAUGGCAAGACAUUAUGAUUAACUAACCAGAACAUAUUUAAUUCAAUAUUGUGUGCAAAUUUAUAUAUGAAUAAAUUCAGCUAACCCGAGUAAUCUCUCUAAUUAAUUACUCUUCAAAAUACUUUUAAUCCAGCUAAAUACAUAUAUAUAUAUAUAUGGCUGGAAUUUAAAACUUAUACCUGUAUUGGUACCGGCCGUUUAUAUUGUUAAUGAAGACUUUAAAAAAAAAAAUUACAUAAUCCAUGAUCGAGAUCGGUGUUCCAAUUGCAACGAAAGGCUCAAGAAAUUGUAACUUUUCAGCAAGUCAGCUUGUCCAUUUGGUGGGUUUUUUUCGAGAACUGCCACUUGACGCCUGCUUUUUGCUUCUUGUGUAGCUUGUUCAUUUAAUUUUUGCUUUGACCCAGGUCACUUUAAUAAGUAAAGAGAUACACGAAAUUAUUACAAAUGAUGCACAUGAAACAAGCAUAAAAUGUUGAUGCAUAAUCUAAUUUGUGUAAAGACUUACCGGAUUGUCCCAACUUUUCCGCAAUUUCUUCAAAAGCCUUUUCUCGUAGACCUCUAUUUUUGAAAUCUGGCGAGCGCACGUUAUAAAUACAUGGAAAUUCGGGCCACAUAUAGACAAAGUUUGACUUCUAAAAUUGCUUCGGCAACAAGUUCACUGCGUUGUUCCCCCAUACUUAUACAAGUUUCUUCUAUUGAACUUUGAAGUUAAUAUACUUGCAUAUUUCUUGCUGCAUGAAUUGCUCGCAUUUGUUCAGCGCACACUGGGCACAUUUUGUCACGCGUGACAGAAAAUAUCAAACACGUUUGAUACGACACGAAUGACUGAGACAAUCCAAAAUUGGUCCCCGCAGACUAGGAUUAUGUGUAAACCACAAUUGUCACGAAUGACAUGUGUGCGUGCUAAGUGCACCAGUGUGCGCUAGGCUUAAAACUCUGGGGUUUUUCACUUUAUCUACAUUUGCGAUAAAUCGACAAGUUGGAUAUCAUGAAAGAUUGGUACGAUACAAUGUAUGUCGAUACUCGUGAAAAAGAAUUAAUGUUUUAUCACUAUACUGCAUGCAUGAUCUAUUUAGUCUACCAAAUACAUAUUCUUACAAUCUCUGCUACUCUCAUGCAUGCAUGAUUGCAUGUUCAAUCACAACACUGUGGUUAAUAUAAACACCUGACUUGAAUUUUGAUCCUGCUAUUUUAAAAUAAUGAACAAGCGAUUUUUCUGAGAUUAAUGUCACAUUAUUUGAGAGUAUGUGUUAUGUCCAGUUCCACCAAUCAUAAUUCAAUCAAAUAAGUGGGGUUAACAAAUACAUGUUGCAAAAUUGUUUAACGAACACAAUGACAUAAUUAAAUCUUAAGGGGAAAUAAAUAAAAAAAUGAUGGUCAGCUUUGUUUGUCGUGUUACCAACCCUCCAAUUAAGAAUAAGAACUUGUAAGAUAGAAGCUUUGUGGGGAAAUGACUGGUUGUCUUGGCCCCAUCUAGGUUUCCUGUAUAUAUAUUGCAGGUUUUUCCUGGCCUCACUGAUGUUCUAGCUGUAGUAUUAGAUCCCCGAGAUGGGCAUCCUAAAUGUCCAAGGGGUAGUAGAUCCCAGUAUGGUCAUUGUUUACUUUACAAUACACUGUACAAUACAUUGAUUUGUUUGAGUCUAUGGGGUUGAGGGUGACCUUUGGGAACACUCCAUCCUCACAAAUACACAGCAUGUGUAUUCCCCAUGGACGAAAAAGUCCAACUCCCACCACGGCUGUAAUCGUAACCCCUUGGGUAAUGUCCAACAGGGGGAACCACGACCCUCUGAGCCCUGAAGACAUACAAUUAUAUCAGUCAUAUUGCUGUGAUAGGCAUCACUUUGAGGCAACAACAUUGCGGUCGCUUUGACCGCGCGGGUGCAGCGACCAAUUUUAAUCGCGUGAAAAAUCAGUCACGCGGGCACGCCAAGAAAGUUGAAUGUAGUUCUACUUUCAUGGCGUGUCCGCGAGCAGUCAGGCGGACAAGAAAUGCACAGAUUAGACAACUAGAGAGAAAGUUGAGUAAUGUUCGCUCCGCCCGCGCGGGCAAAACGACUGCAAUGGAAAAUGGCCUUUACGCCAACAGUCACGAGUGAUGCUCAGCUCAGUUGAUAGAUCCAGUGUGUGCCGGGCUUUAGUGCCAGUAGAAAACAUAACGAAUAUUUGCCAGAAAGAUAAUUAAUGAAAUAAAUCCACGUGCGGGCGUUCGAAACCGGACAUUCCAAAAGAUAUGUAAACUAUGUAUGUAUAUCCCAGAUCAAACAGUGUCAAACGAGGUUACGAGGAUGAGAGUGCACGAGAGUUGGCAGUCAUUGUCAAGCGACCAUGGACAUCUGUUCGACAUGUUCUUAAUGCUUUCCCACUCUAUCAUGUAUUCUAUCAUAAUCAAACCUUUAGGCUUGAAAUUCCCCGUGCGUAACAAUGCGUGACUAUUAAAAUUAAACGUUGAUUGAUCAGUGCAUUGAUCUGUGUUAGCAGCCAACCAUUUUCAUUGUUGUAGUAUAUUGUAUAUAUGCAUCAUCAACCGUAUGGUAUUUCCUAUAUCUGACUUGGCGUAUUAUUGUACAUAUUUAAUAUGAAAUAUUGUUUAUAUAAUAAAUAAAAUUAUAUUUAUAUAUAGUUAUAGACUCCCUUGUUUUACUAAAAAAGUGGAAAAAUCAAGUCUACAUCAAGUAUACAUAUAUUGCAGAGAAAAGGGUGCAAAUAUCAAAUGACAUCUUAGAUACACUUCAAUGCAUAUGCCUCUUUAAAUAUAUAUAUAUAUAUAUAUAUAUCUUGCUAGACCAAGUUCACUGGGCAUUAACUCCAGACGAAGGGCCUUCGCUCGAAACGUCGAAAUUCUCCUUAUAUUCUUCAGGUAGUUGCAUCCCUACAAACGAAAGCUUGUUCGUAUUGCCACUACUUACACUGGCACAAGCAGUUCAAGAUUAUAUACUCGGCAUACUAAGUUCUUAGUUUAUAUGUUAAAUUAUUACUCACCAAAGGUAAACAAGACCCCCAAAGCUACAUGAAUAAAAACUCCGCCGACAACUGUCAAAGCACCCUUCAUUUCGGAUCAAAUAGAAGCUGUUAAUAUUCAAGCAGAUAAUCAAUUAUUCUGUCGCUUCGGUAGGACUCCAUUAUAAUAUAUGUAUAAAACAUGCAUGCAUGGUGUCUUCGAAUGUAAUUAAACACCAUGGCAUCUCAACUGACGGCGGCGAUUAACAUAAGUGGGGGCGACUUUUAGUGUUCAAAGUCAAAGUUCUAUUGCACAUUUUUCUUGCAACUGAUUCAUUCAGUCUUAUAGAUAAAAUGUAGAUAAAACAAAAUUUUAUACCCUUUUUCAAUGUCAUAGAUUGCUGGUCCGUCAGAGUCGUACGCUCCUUUCGCCAAAUGUAGUCGGACCCGUUGCCCGUAUUUUGAAUAUUUAUUAUAUUUAUACAGACUGACACUGAUAUUCAUACUAUUCGAUCUAUUAAAGUUAUAUACAAAAUGAUUAUAAGUAAAGGGUAAUAAAUUUAUGUACUUUUAUACAUACCACAAAUUUAUAUAACAAAUCAUUGAAGUUCUAUAAAUGUCACUUACUUCUUUUGGUCACUAGGACUACGUUCAAACAGUACAGAAUACAGGUUAGCAGAAUAAAUAGAAUAUAGUCUUAAAAACAGGUUAGCCUUUUCGCGUUUUCCAGUAGGUCCUUUCGACCGCAGUUCCUCAUCUCAAUUAAACAAGGAUCUUGAACAUGCAAUAUAUGUAAAUGUCAAGACUGACAAGAUAUAUUGUCUUAUAAACUAAUUUAAACUAACAGAACUAAUAUAUUAAAAUGUACGUAAUUAUAUCAUGCAAUUGUUACGUCCUUGAGUGCCUGACAAAACACUCUCCCGCCCAAUGAGGGUAUUCUCAUUCUUCAGAAUCUUCUGCUGUGGUGUAUAACUGCUAUCUUUGUUAUCGGUUCGCUGUAUUCUCUCCCAGAUGCAAUGCCGACCGUUUAUACAUUCCUGACUCGUUUGUCUUUUCCUGGAUUAACUUUCGUCACUCGUCCUAAAUUAUUUAGGGCGAGUGACGACUCCUAACUGUUCAUUUUCCGCGGAACGCGUUGUCAUCAGCGACCAUAACUACGUCGUUAACUCGAACAUCACGGGUCGUCGUGUUCCAUUUCUUAGGCGAAAACAAAGUCGGGCCGGAAAACAUCACGUGUCCAGCAACGCCAGAACGAAUCAACAAUCUUCUGCACGCAGGGCCGUACGCAGGAUUUUUUCAUCAGAGGGGCAGUGAGGCCUAUAGUCCCAAAUAUCCAAAGAAUAAUUAAUAAUGACACUCUAAAAAUUGUAAAUAUAGUUUUCUCUGGGGGAGGGGGGCAGUUGCCCCCCUUGCCCCCCGCUGUGUACGGCCCUGUCUGCACGAAUUCUACACGCUUACUAAGAUUUUUAGUUUCUCUUCUUUAGUUUGUGGUACUUAUGGCGAAGCUCUCCCGAGUAAAAUUUCGUUUGGGCAAAUGUAUGCAUGAACGAACAUAUUAAAGAUAGGUGUAUUGGGUUACCUGUGGGAAACAAGCCUGUUCGCGGUCGACCUGAGUAUUGGGAAAAACAACGAACAUGUGAGACUUGUGAGCGAGAGUUUUGUAUAAAAAGUGGGAGUUUUUAUAGUUUAUUAAACUUUACUAAAACAUAAUACGAGAGUUUUAGUGUGCCGACACAAGUUCGGCACAUUUUGGUGCCGUGAACAGGAUUGAAUAACGAAAUACUUGCGGAUAAAGACGAGAAAUUGAGGGUAUUACGAAAUCUAAGAUGGCGGACGAACUUGAAUAUCCUUGUCCUUGAACAACAAGAAAUUGAGGAGAAUAAUACGGUAGAAAUCACUCAAGAGGAGAAGACCAGGAGAAAAGAAUCAGAAAAGAGAUUGAAAAGCUGCAGUUUUAUCUCGAGGACGUCGACGAAUUAUUGGAAAGUGAGGAUUUUAAUGAAAUCAAACAAGUAUGCAAGCGCCGGAAAACAGCAGAUUCAAGAUAAUAUGAACGACUUGGUGUCCGAUUUACAAGAAUUAAAAAUUGAGCUGGGAAAUUCAACACAAAGAUGAUUAGACAGUGGACAAGAGAUUUGAGUAUGCACCACUAUGUGAGAAACGUGCGAGGUUUUGUAGGGUACUAGACGAUAGACAGAGACAUGAAAACUUGAGAGCUGAGGAAGAAGUGGCGAUCAGAAAGAUGAAGAGCAACUGCGUUAACAGAUCCAACAACAAGAGAAAGAAAUGUGGGAAGAAUGAGAGCGGAGUUGGUGCUGGCAGAGAAGAAAAUUCAGAUGGAGAAAGAAGCUAAAGCAAGUACAUCGAAACUACCAGAGUUGAAAAUAUCACCCUUUAAUGGGACUUCUGCUGACUGGAUAAGGUUCGAGAAUAUGUUUGCCUCACAAGUUGACAGCAAGUUCAUUUCGGACGCUGAGAAAUUUGGGUACCUGUUAGAGCUCGUGAAUCCGAAGGUGAGAGGUAGACUUUCAAACUUGAAGCCGGGUCAGAAGGUUACAAAACAGCAUGGGAAAGGUUGAAAAUGGAAUAUGGUCAUAAUAAAUUAGUAAUUGCAGCUCAUAUGGAGGAAAUUAUUAAAUUGCAGACGGUGAGAGGAAGACAUUACGAUAAGGUAUGUGAACUUUAUGAAAGUCUUUGCAAAAACUAUGACGCACUGCAAACGUUGGGUGAAGAAGCUAUGUUAAUUAAAGGGGUUGGUGGUAUCUACCUUAAAUAAACUCCCCCAGGUUAAGCUUGAUUUAGUACGUAUUGAUGAUGAUUGGGAAGAUUGGAACAUGGAACAAUUGUUAUCAGCAUUACAGGAGUUGUUAAAGCGUAACAAAACAGAAGAGGUACCAACUAAGGAGCAUGAAAACCCAAGAAAGAGGGAGCGAAACUGGUAUACCCAAAAGAAGGGAGAGUUUACCAAUGGUAAAGGCAAGGGCCCGUCUGUAUUUAUUGUGAAGGACAGCACUGGGGAGACCAAUGCACAUCGUAUGACUCUGUAACUAAGCGUAGACAGUUCUUUGUUGAAAAACGACUGUGCUUUAAUUGUGGUCGACCAGGCCACCGCGAAAGUAAUUGUCGCAGGAGGGGGUGCUACAAGUGCAAGGGCAAACAUCACACUAGCCUUUGUGAUAAACUGCAGGAAAACAAUAAUCGAGAAAACCACAACGCAAUGUUAGAUGGAUAUUCCCCAUCCUCUGAAGAGAAGUCUUUACCAGCUAUUGUGCCACUUAAAAUUAAGGGUAAGACAUUUUGGGCGUAUCUUGACACGGGCUCUGGGAGAAAUUUCAUCUCGAAGGAAGCAGUGCGACAAUUAAGACUAUCACCCCAGCGCCAUGAGAGUAGAAACAUCCUAACUGUAAACGGGUCCAAAAAGGCAUCAAUGCCAGUGUUUGAAGUAACAAUCAAUUCAGUUGAUGGACGGGCAAGUGAGGAUAUCGAGAUUACUGGUAAAGAAAUGCCAGAUUUUACAACGGUGAAAAGACCGACUUUCAUAGAGUUAAAGGAGAAAUACGAACAUCUUCGCGAGAAGACAUUUUAUCGGUCAGAAAGCGAAGAGUACACCAUCCAUGUCAUAUUGGGCGAUGCUACCUAUUGCAAAAUACGGACUGAUCAAGUAUACAAGGGAAAAUCAGAGGAUCCAAUUGUAGAAGGAACGACCUUCGGUUGGGUAGUUCAUGGCGGCCAAGAUUACGCAGACUCAAGGUGCUUGUAUGUUUGUGACAAUAGUGACUAUGAACAGCUCUAUUCCCUAGAUGUCUUGGGAGUGGAGGAUCGAGGGGAGAAAGAUCAGUCAACAAUUUAUGCAGAAUUCCAAGAAAACAUUACUAGGAAAGAGGACGGAAGAUAUGAAGUUACUGUUCCGUGGAUACCUGGAGCUGUAUUGUCAAACACUAAUGAAGAACCCAGUAGGAAGAGACUCCACAAAGUAAACAGGAAGUUGAAACAGAAUCAACAGCUCAAAGAUGAAUACGAGAAAAUUGUACAUGAACAGUUGAAAGACGGAGUCAUUGAAAAGACCAAAGAGAGCUCGACUAGUGAACGUGUGUUCUACAUGCCACACAAACCGGUGAUUAAAGAAAAUGCCUCUACAACCAAGGUGAGAAUGGUGUUCGAUGCAAGUGCUAGACCCCAUCCAACGGCCAAUAGCGUCAAUGAAUGCAUGCACACUGGCCCCCACUUCAACCAUUAUUAUGGGACAUAUUAAUCAGAGCCAGAAUGUCAACCCAUCUACUAAUCGCAGACUUGCAGAAGGCAUUUCUGCAGGUUGGUUUGAAGGAAGAUGAUCGAGAUGCGUUUCGGUUUCUGUUUGACACUAACGGUCCAGUAGAACAUUUAAGAUUUACCCGUGUGCCUUCGGCGUGGAAACCAGCCCAUUUAUGCUUGGUGCCACCCUGCAACACCACUUCAAUCUGCAGCCUGAAGAGUACCAAAAUACCAUUGAGUCGUUAAAAGAGAACACUAAUGUUGAUAAUCUAACCGUGAUCUAAUGAAGACCGGAAGUGAUAUUGCAAUCUUGAAGAUUUCAAACGCGAAGCGACAGAAAUCCUAGAAGACGCGAAGUUCCCAGUCCACAAGUGGGAGUCGAAUGUUGAAGAACUUGACAACGAGUCAAAUCCCAGCAAAAUACUCGGACACAAAAUUGAAAAGGUCGGUUGGUUUAAUGGUCCCGAGUGGCUGGUUAACCCAGACAAAUGGCCAAAACAACCAAAGCUCAAGAGAACAAAGACUGUCCUGGACGAGCAAAAGCCGAUGACGGAAGUAGCUUUCAAUACACAAGAAAAAGGUCCGGACGAAUGGGACUUGUUACUUUCUAGAUCAAGCUACUGGAAGACUAUUCGUGUUACUGCGUAGGUGUUAAGAUUUGUAAGCAGUGCAAGAGCCAGGAAACAGAAACCUAACCUAGCGAAAGGUCCGCUGACGACGAACGAGCUAGAACAGUCGAAAGUGCGAUGGGUGAAGAAGGUCCAAGAAGACAUGAGUUCGGAGCUUCGAGCAUCUGGAUGGGAAGUCAUACGAGAAGGUGAUUCUGGUUUACUGAAAUGUUUAGGUCGAAUUCCCGGGUAUCAGCCGAUAUACUUGGAAGGAGGAGACUUUACGGACAAAUUGAUCAUGCAUACACACAAUGAGAUGCGUCAUUUUGGUAUCGCGAACACGAUGGCCGCACUAAGAGAGAACUGAUGGAUUCCGAGACUGCGCUCGAAAGUUAAAAGGAUCAUUAACGAAUGCAACGUGUGUGAAGUGUACCGAAUCAAACCAUAUGGUCGUACAGCAACUGCCGAACUACCUACGUUUCGAAUCGAAAGCGGACUACCAUUUGAAACAACGGGUGUUGAUUUCGCGGGUCCCCUCUCACAUAUAAGCUUACCAAAAAAGAAGAAGGCAAAUGCUACAUCCUAAUAUUUACGUGUGCUACAUCCAGAACCGUGCAUCUGGAGUUGACGAAGACACUAUCUGCAGAGGAAUUCAAAGUAAAGCUAAACGCCUUCGUCGCAAGAAAGAGCAGACCAAAGUUGAUUGUGUCGGACAACGGAGGAGUGUUCAAAGCGACAGCGCUAUGGAUCAGAAAGAUACGUAAAAGUGAACGACUGCACGAUUAUUUGGCAAGACAAGAAGUUGGGUGGAGAUUCAAUCUAUCCAAGUCCCCUUGGUGGGGUGGAAUGUACGCACGCUUACUUCGAUCGACAUUAUUUUUCGACCAGUUACAAGCUAUCGUAAUUGAUAUUGAGAAAAAUGUAAACAAUAGGCUAUUGACGUACGUCGAAAGCGAGCAAGAAGAGGAACAAGUGCUCGCAUCAAAUACAAUUCUGUGGGGACAAAUUGUGCUUACCAUAGACGAAUCAGACACGGAUGAUGGAGAAGAAGUCGUGAAGUUACACAAACGAAAGAAGCAGGAACGAGAACACGCGUGGCAAAGAUGGAAGACGGAGUACGUACAUAGUUUGAUGGAACAUCAUCGAGUGAUUAAAGGGGAAAAUGCGUGUCCAGAAGUAGGAGAAAUGAUGUUGGUGGUCGGUGAGGAAAAGAAUCGAGCUGAAUGGAAACGGGGAAAGGUUGUUGAGCUAAUCAAGGGGAAGGACAACAUUGUGCGAGGAGUAAAGAUCUUGACGAAGGGGCAUACGAUUGAAAGGCCGCUUUCUCUUGUUUGCUCUCUCGAACUCAAGGAAACAGAGAUUGAAGAACCGAAGCCAAAGGGGACGAAGCCAAAAGAAACGGACGAAAUCGGACAACGAAAGAGUAAGAGACAAGCAGCAAAGGACGCCUAGGUGUAAAAUACUGCAGUUGAUACAAGAGGAAGAAGAUUGAAGAAUUGAACUCGACAUAAUGUCGGACAUUUGAUUGCGAACUUUAACUUUCUAGUUGAUAUUAAUUAUAAAAUUAAGAAAAACAUUUAAUUUUAGAGGGGAGCGUGAACGAACAUAUUAGAGAUAGGUGUAUUGGGUUACUGUGGGAAACAAGCCUGUUCGCGGGCGACCUGAGUAUCGGGAAAAACAACGAACAUGUGAGACUUGUGAGCGAGAGUUUUCUAUAAGAAGUGGGAGUUUUUAUAGUUUAUUGAACUUUACUAAAACAUAAUACGAGAGUUUUAGUGUGCCGACACAAGUUCGACACAUGUACCGUCGUCUGGGUCGUUUGGGAUUCUUCCGAUUGGACGCUGGCUAACUAGACUUCAAGCAGGCAAGUGUAAAGUUCGAAGGGUGUCAACGCUGAAUCACCAAUUGAUUUUUUUCAAAGCAGUCUUCACGCUCUUAACAAGCGCUUCCACGCAACAUUCUGAUGUGGAGCUCCAGGGGUUAUGAAUCUCCAUUCCAUUCCCUUUUCUGCUGAGAAUUCUCGUAAUUUUUUUGCGUCCAGUCCUUUGACCAUCUUUCGAAGCUCAGCUACUGCUCCGACUGGUUGUGUAGAAAAUCCAUGGUUGUACAAUCAACUGCUAACUCUAGGUGCACUGUUCGUGUGUUGAGGCAUGUGAAAAUUACACCGUAAUGCUGUGUGGUCUUGUUGCGUCCGAUCUUUACUUCGCAGGGACCAAAAUAAUCACAUGA